AUGCCGCCUACCUUUCGGCGUCGCGUAGUGGUAAGUAAGGCAGUGCAGACCGAAGCCUCAUUUCCACCCGACUGCCAGGAUACCACAGCGCAUGUAGAGGAACUCGCAAGUGAACAGUUUCAUGAUCUCUGUAAACUUCGUGAUGUAAUUCGUGAUGCUAUGAAAGAAGUUGCCUGCUCUGUAUAUGAUGUGGUAUCCUUUAAGGAUGUUCUCUUUAAGAUGGAAGAGGAACUCCCGUCAACUCUGCCUGUAACCGAUAUGCUGUUAAUAUCAUCUAAACUUUUUCGUCGUACGGCAGAGUUAGGUCGUCUGCUUGCUUGCUUCUUUGCUGUUACCUUUGCCGAGCAACAUGCGGAUGAGGAUUUUCAUUUCACCGAGUUACGAGUGUUGCGUCGUGAGUUAAUUGAAGUAAGGAAAGAGUGCGCCAAAGCCGUGGAAGAUCGGGAUCGCCUGCAGCGCAUGUUAGACGAUGUUGGCCGUGUCGCAAUGAAUCAUAGUCGUGCGGUGGAUUUACUAGAAACACGAAAUACUGCACUGCAACUGCAGACAAGUGGUCUUGAGGAUCAAAUGGCGUUACUUUUCUCGCAACUUAACAAAGAUCUUCAUCGUCAGUGUAAAGAUGCGUAUGAGCGGGUUACUACUGAGAUUGAGAAUCAAGAUCGUAUGAAUGUCACUAAAGCUACCUUUCGUCAAACAAUGGAUUCUUUAAGCGAUCAGUUGCGUCACUCUCGUACUCUUAUUAAUGAUGUGCGAGAACUUGUUAUAAGUUGUGCACAAGGCGCAACUGCAACUGGAAGAGGUGCUGAUGCACAGAUAUCGAAGGAACCAAGUAUUCGUUUUAAGUUAAAACAGGUGGAAAAUAAUUUUCAGCAACUUAUUAGUCGUUUUUCUUCUGUAAAGGGUAUUGUAGCGGAAACGGCACAAGAACUUAUGAAUGCCUUACAUGAACGAAAAAAUAUUCUUUAUCUUUCAUUGCAGCAUAUCCGUUUAUAUGAUAUUCAAAAUAGUAAAAUGCGACGAGGAAAAGCUGUUGUUGUUGACAUGAAACGAGUUAUGGAUGAAUUAAGAAAACGAUUAGGAGUAACAUUCCCUCCUGGUGCUGUUACUUUUGUGGAUCGUAUUGGACGUAUUUCCACUCAACAAUAUCAAGUAGGACAGACCUUAGCCACACUACGAAAUCAAAAGACGAGUGAAAAUCCAGAUGAUGAUUCGGUUGUUACCGGUGGUCCUCCUUCUUUACCAUCAGCUUCACCAGUAACGCAAAUGCCACCUCUUUUAGGUCCACAACGUACCUCUGCGGAUUAUGAAUCUCCUAUUAAUGAACAAUCUGGAUAUUUCCAUAUGGAUACUACAUCCCGAGACUCUCUUACCGGAAAUAAAAUACCAUUUCAAACUGUAUAUAAUGUUGUAGAUAUGGUUAAAGCGUUAGAACGUUCUAUGGAAGGAUUAGAUGAGACACUGAACUUUGAGAAUGAAAUAAAUGCAUUUCUUAAGACUCUUACUCUAUCACUUUCUACUACACCUCGUGAAGUGGAUGAAACCUUUGGAGAAUUUCUCGAUCCUGAUAAAUCAGUUGAAAAAGCACUACUUCCUACAGGUGAUGCUUCUCUUAAACAGAGUACUACAACAUCAGUGUCCACAGCACGGCGAGGUACACAUGAAAUUGAAGGAGCAAAUAGCUCUAUUCUUUCCGCUAUAUCUCAUACUGACAGAGGGCACUCUACAGAUGAUAAGGUACAUGCUGCUGUGGUUGAACAAGAACAGAGGGUAAAGAAGUUACAAGAUCAAUUAAAUAGUGUUCGACCAGAGUUUGCGGCAAAGAUCAGUUUCUUACGACAGGUAUAUGAAGCUCGUAUUUGUGAUCUAGAAGUGAAAGAGGCUAAUUUUCAACGCCGAAUUGGUGGGGUAGGUGGUGCUGGAGGAGGUGGAGGAGGAGGAGGUUCUUUACAUAAGGAAGGUAAAGAAAAAGAUGGGAAGAAACGAACUGGAGGACGCAGUGAAUUUGACGUUUCUUCGUCUCCCUCACCAGAAACAAUGGAGAUGGAAAAACGUCGCAAGAAGGAUGAUCGGGAUCAACUUAUACAAUACCGCACAGAGUGGCAGCAAACGAAGCCAAUACUUCAGGGAAAUAAAAAGACACGUGAAGCAGCACUGAAUGAAAUUUCCAGGAUGGCGAGAGGAAUGAAUCCGGGUGAAAAAACAGAUAGGAGUGAGAGAGCUCAAAGCUCUCGUUCCAGGAGGUCUUCUAGGAGUCCAGCGUCAUCCACGAGUAGGAGAUUGUAG